AUGAAUAUCCGCAGCAAGUUGUCCUCGCUCCGCGAGUACCUCACGCCGCUCAACUACGAGUCCAAUUUCCGCAAAACGGGCGAGAUCCUGCCGGACGAGUUUGUCUUGGCCGGCGACUAUUUGGUGCUGAAGUUCCCCACAUGGGCCUGGGGCUCGUGUCCCAAGCCGCUCCAAAAAAAGUUCUUGCCGCCGGAAAAACAGUUCCUUGUGACGCGGCACGUGCCCUCGUACCGGCGGUACGCCGCGUUUGUACCCGAAACGGGCGACGGCGCGGGCGGCAAAACCGACGCUGCUGCCGCCGACGCAGACUCGGACGCCGAGUGGGUGCCCCUGGUGAGCCAGCCGGUGGGUGCCGCCGUGCCGCUGGGCCCGGCCACACACGACCUCGACGCCUUGAUGGACGACGCCGCCGAGGACGCCGCAUCACGUGACGACAUCGACGACUACACCCACAUCUCCUCCGGCGGCCCGGGCCUCCGCCGCUACGACUUGUACAUUGCGUACCUGACGUCGUACCGCGUGCCGAAGGUGUACCUUGUCGGCUUCGACGACGGCGGCAUCCCGCUCUUGCCGCCGCAGAUGUACGAGGACAUUUCCGGCGACCACAAGGACAAAACCGCCACCAUCGAGGCCUUGCCGAUGGCCCACAGCACCAUGGCCGUGUCCAUCCACCCCUGCAAGCACGCGGCGGUCAUGCGCGUGUUCAUGGAGCACGCACGGCUGAAAAAGGCUGCUCCGCAGCCCGCCGCUGCGACGGCCCGGGCCCCGGACGGCCGCGACUUGCUGGCAAGUGGCACGCCCGAGCCCGUGGACAUGGACGAUGGCGGCAUCCGCGUGGACCAGUACAUUGUGAUUUUCCUCAAGUUCAUAGCGAGCGUCACCCCGGGGAUCGAGUACGACUUCACCAUGGACGCGCUCUAG